AUGGAUUAUUAUUUGAGUAAAUUACCAGGUGUUGGUAGAUUUACUGGUCCAAGACAUUUUCAAAUCUUGAAGAAUUAUGUACCGUCAUUAACAUUAUUCGGUGCAUCAGCUCUUAUCUAUUUUCUUUAUAUUACCGAUUGGAAAGUAACAAAUACAAGAAUUCCAAUCUAUGGACGUAAAUUUGAUGAAAUGAAACGAGCAGCAAUGAUUGAUAAACAUGGACAAAAAGCUGUCGAUGAAGGAACUGCUGCUGAAGAUUAG